GACGUCACAUUAUGCGCCGGUAGUGAGCAACGCGGGAGAUUGAAAACUUAAACAACGGUCACUGUGUUGAGGAUAACUAGCUAAUGUUGCUAACUACAAGUUUGCCAAUAUGUUGAAAAAGGUGCCCAAGGCUACAUUAAAGUCUCUAAUGAGGAAGAAAGCCAACAUUCGUAUAGGCACAGCGGCAGAUGCAAUGGUUGAGCUGAACGUGCUGCUAUUUCUGCAUAGCCUCGCAGAAGAGGCGAGGACGAAAGCUUUUGAGGAGAAAUCGGCUACUAUCAAAGCACACCACGUCAAAGCAGUAUCCAAGAAACUGCUGAAACGAGCCCGAGGGUGAAGAGGAGAGACCUUUCUACAUGAACAUGAUUCAACAACUGAUUUUAUUAAUUGUCAGAUUGGCCUGAAUUAUAUAUUGAACCUAUAUUUUUGGUUUUCUCUUCAGUUUUAAUAUUUUCUGUGGUCUCUAGUUUUUGUCUGUAUUCAUUUGAUCUGUUUUGUCUGUCAUUUUGUAUUUCCACAAUGCACAGAGAUUUUUAGAACAUUUUUUAUAUGCUGUCCAAUUAAAUGUUGUGUUCUGUAGAUCUAUCUCUGGUGUAGGCCUUGUUGUCCCUGCCAUGUUCCAUCAAGCUGACUAGAAUGUUUAUUUUUCUGUUAUACUAGCCUAGUUCCCUGUCAGAGAAAUGCACUUAUUUUGAGAGAAGUGACACAAAAUACAGAGACUGGUGCCAAGGCUACCAUCAUCCAGCUAACUUGACACAACUGUGGGAAGCAUUGGAGUCAACAUGGGCCAGCAUCCCUGUGGAACGCUUUCGACACCUUUAUGUAGUCCGUGCCCCUGAAAAUUAGGAAUGUGUUCCUAAUGUUUGGUAUACUCGGUGUACGAUGCACUUUAGUACUCUGGCCAGUACAGUUGGUGUUCGAUGCCAAUAAUGUUUUCCUUUGUUAAAAAAAAACAUUAAAAGAAGAAAGUUGCACACUA